UUUGAUCAGGGUUGGAGUUGACCUGAUCUCCUUGAAUCUUUAAAACCCCAUUUUACAGAGGUUGAUAUUGCAGCAACACGUUUAUUUGUUUCAGUUUUGUGUGCUUCUCCUGACGCACAAAUUCAGCGCAUUUUCCAGCGGAGGUCAUUGUGAGAUCGCAGGACUGGAGGAUGACAGCUCGAGUGUAUUGCUUGUUGAUUGCUGUUUUUUCGUGUCUGUUCGGAUACUUGAGCAUAACAGAUGCUACUCGAACCACAUUGAAAAGUUACUGUCCGGGGAUGCUGACGGUCAUGCCGUCCCGUCGAGGGUGUUCUUCUGAUAGAAACUGCUCUGGAGGACACGCAUGCUGUCAAUUUGACUGUGGGCCUGUUUGCGUUCUGCCUGUUUCCACAAAGCCAGUAGAGUGUCCACCCCAAUCAUCUGGAAGAUUGUGUACCAGGUCCUGUAGGAGUGACUCUAACUGUCACAACAACAAGAAGUGCUGCAGCAAUGGAUGUGGACGUUACUGUACUGCUCCAUAUCCAGUGAAGCCGGGUCAGUGUCCUGACCCAAAGAACAUUCCACUGUGUGCUGAAAGCUGUUUCCAUGAUGGCCAGUGUCCUGCCACACAGAAAUGUUGCCCAACCACAAGAGGCCAUGCAUGUAGUAAACCACAUGGUCAGGCAACCGGUCAGGGGAGAGGUAAUGGGAGAGGUCAGGCAACCGUUCAGGGAAGAGGUAAUGGGAGAGUUCAGGGAAGAGGUAAUGGGAGAGGUCAGGCAACCGUUCAGGGGCGAGGUAAUGGGAGAGUUCAGGGAAGAAGUAAUGGGAGAGGUCAGGCAACCGUUCAGGGAAGAGGUAAUGGGAGAGGUCAGGCAACC